GAAUGGAACCGGUAACAGGCGGCUUUUCGCAGGAGCAGUUCCGGGAGGCCUGUGCUGAGCUGCAGCAGCCGGUGCUGGCCGGGGCCGACUGGCAGCUGCUGGUGGAGACCUUGGGCAUCAGCAUCUACCGGCUGCUGGACCAGCAAACUGGGCUUUAUGAAUAUAAGGUCUUUGGUGGCCUGGAGGACUGCCCACCAGCUCUGCUUGCAGAUGUCUAUAUGGACUUAGAUUACAGGAAACAGUGGGACCAGUAUGUUAAAGAGCUCUAUGAAAAAGAAUGUGGCGGAGAGACCGUGGUCUACUGGGAAGUGAAGUACCCCUUUCCCAUGUCCAACAGGGAUUAUGUAUACCUCCGGCAGCGGCAAGAGCUGGAGAUCGACGGGCAGAAGGUCUACGUGAUCCUGGCCCAGAGCACCUCUGUGCCUCAGUUUCCUGAGAAAUCAGGUGUGAUCCGGGUGAAGCAGUACAAGCAGAGCCUGGCCAUUCAGAGUGAUGGCAAGAAGGGGAGCAAAGUCUUCAUGCAUUACUUUGAUAACCCGGGUGGCCAGAUUCCGUCCUGGCUCAUUAACUGGGCUGCUAAGAAUGGAGUGCCUAACUUCCUGAAGGACAUGGCGAAAGCCUGUCAGGGAUUCCUCAAGAAGCCCUAA